AUGUUCGACUGUGGUAAUUGUUGUCAAAAUGUGGAAUUACGUGAACGUUUCCAUCGAAAUACAAUUGCUUCAAUUGUGGCUGGUGUUUUUUUUGCAAUUGGAUGGUGGAUAAUCAUUGACAGUACUUGCCAAUAUCCUACGCAAGCUGACUUCAAUAAAGUAUAUUACAUCAUUGGUUCAGUAGGCACAUUGGCAUUGAUCUUGGUUAAUGCUGUAUCAAAUUCUCAAGUUAGAGGUGAUUCAUAUGGCGAUAGUUGUAUGGGUCAAGUUGGUGCUCGAAUUAUGCUUUUCAUUGCAUUUUUACUUGCCUUUGGUUCUUUAAUUGGUGGAGCUUGGGUAUUAUUUGGCUACUAUGUUCCAUAUAAAAGUGAUAAAUUAUAUCCUGGAAUAGCCAUUUUUAGUCAAAAUCUUGCUAUUUUCAUCAGUACGUUAAUUCUAAAAUUUGGUCGUAAAGAAGACCUUAGUUAUUAA